AUGUCCGGUGGUCAGUAUAGAGGAGGGAUGGGAUGGUUCAUGCUCUACUUUUUGGCAUUGGGCAUACUUGUACAAGGCCGUUCACCACCCUCUCCACCACUUAAAAGGCUCGUUGUCCCAGCCUCUUCGUCCUUGGAGAUUUUACCCAGACAUGGACAGCUCGCCACUCGAUCGUACAUCCAGCCUCACCCAUCUUCUCUCCUUCACAGCGACACAGUCUUCCUCACUAUAGAUCUGCCUUCUCUGCUUCCACACCCUGCACACCUUUUGCUACGUCCCACGGAACACCUCUUCCAUCCCGAUGCCAAGAUCACCUUUCAGUCGGGCGAAUCGCUUCCACUGGUGCCCGCAGACUACAGACUCUACUCUGGUCCUAUUAUUUCACCACGAUGGGCAUCACGGAUAAAGUGGGAGGAGAUGGCUGGUAUGCGCGACUCUCAAUCCGAAGCUCUGGCCACCAUUGGCAGUGCGAGUAUCAUGAUUCAUCACCAUGGGGACGGGAAUCCGAUAUACGAGGGCAGCUUUACGAUGAACGGCGUCUCUCAUCACAUUCUUACCAAGUCGCACUACGACAAGGUCCGGACAGACGAUGAUGUCGAAGCGGACCUUGGACAUAUGGUCGUUUUCAGAGAUCAAGACAUGUAUCACGGGAACGACACGGUCGGAUGCUCCCACGACCAUCAACUUGCCAACUUGUUCAAGCGAGAUGACAUUGCUGGGGGCAUGGGCGGGGGCAACAACUAUAUCAACUCCAUCGGCAACAGGGCUGGGUGUCCGAAUCAACAGAGACUGCUCUACAUGGGCGUCGCGGUCGAUUGCAACUAUGUGACGACUUACGGCAACGAGGCGGACGCCAGGGUCCAGGUCUUGAACAACUGGAACCAAGCCUCUGCACUGUACAAGUCGACAUUCAAUGUCUCCCUCGGGAUCGUCGAGUUGAUCGUUCAAAAUCAAUCCUGCGGCACGACGCCACCAUCGGACGCGCAAUGGGACGUGUCGUGCGACGCGGGUAUCACCAUGGACCAGCGGCUGAGUCUCUUCAGUCAGUGGAGAGGAUUCAGAUCUGAGGAUGGAAUCGGUCUGUGGCAUCUGAUGAGCGCGUGUCCAACGGACACUGAAGUAGGGGUCGCCUGGCUCGGAACGCUGUGUCAGACCACGUCAAACCAACAGGGCAGCUCGUUCGUCUCUGGCACCGGCAUGUCGACGGCGGCAAAGACAGAAUGGACUUUGAUCUCGCACGAAAUCGGUCAUGGCUUUGGAGCUAUCCACGACUGUACCAACGGGUGCUCGCUGUCUAGUCCAUGUUGCCCAUUUUCGUCCAAUACGUGCGACGCAGGAGGGACGUUCAUCAUGAAUCCCACGACUGCGGCGUCUGAACAGACCUUCUCUCAAUGUACCGUGGGCAACAUUUGCUCUGGCCUCGGAUCCAAUACCGUCUCGUCCAGCUGUCUCGCUACCCCAGGGGAGAACCAGCGUACGAUCAUCUCGCUCCAACAAUGCGGCAAUGGGAUUGUGGAUCCGGGCGAGGAUUGUGACCCAGGCAGCGGAAGCAACUCGUCCUGCUGCGACGCGUCAACCUGCAAAUUCGUUUCUGGUGCCGUGUGCGAUCCCGCCAACUCGGCCUGCUGCACCUCUACAUGCCAAUUUGCAUCCGCUGGGACCGUCUGCCGACCUGCCGUCGAUGCCACCUGCGACAUUGCAGAGACAUGUACAGGCAACAACGCGACGUGCCCUCCAGACGUCACUGAACCCGAUGGCAAGGAGUGCGGCAGGGAUGGCUUGGCCUGUGCCGCUGGUCAAUGCACGAGUCUCGAUUUACAAUGUCAGCGCGCAGGCACAAGCAUGAACUUGACCCAAGCGUGUGGGCAGAGGAAUGAUCGAAGCUGUGUCAUCAGCUGUAGGGAUCCGACGAGAUCGUAA